AUGUCUCCAAACAAGUCUGCUGAGGGCCACGAGUAUGAAGUUGGUCGUGGCGUCUCUAAUGGCUUGCCAUGCGACGGGGUCAUCACACCACCGAGCAACCUAGCUCAGAGGGCAUCCAAGACAUUCGACACUAUCAUCAUUGGUGCUGGGUUCGCUGGUCUGACAGCUGCCCGUGACCUCACCGUAAUAGGCCAUCGUGUUCUGCUACUUGAGGGGCGUGAUCGCAUUGGGGGUAGGACAUGGACAUCAAAUGUUGAUGGCCAUCUGUACGAGAUGGGGGGAACCUGGAUUCACUGGGGACAGCCUCACGCCUACCGUGAAAUGGUCCGCUAUAACCUUCACCGGGAUUUGGUUGUCACUAGUGAUGUGCCCAGCCACCCAGGCUCAGUCUUGUUUGAUGACAAUGGCGAGAAGCAACAGAUUCUACAGGACAAGUUGGUUGAUGACGUCUUCAAAAUCUACUGCAAUGUUGAUGGUGAAGAAGGCAGAACGGCAAUCCCAUUCCCCCAUGACUCCCUGUGCAACCCUGACGCAAAGGUUUAUGAGUCCUUGUCCAUCAACGACAGACUGGACCAAGUACGCGGAUCACUGACCAAAACCCAGAUGUGCAUCCUCAAGGGUUUGAUUGAAGGAAUCGUUGGCAGCGAGGACUUUGACAAUGUAGGCUUCUUUGACGUACUGCGAUGGUGGGCCCUGAGCGGCUACUCGACCGAGGGUUUGUCCGAGUUCACAGAGCUAUACAAGAUCAAGGAGGGCCAGACGCAUUUCGCGAUGCAGUUCUUCAAGGAAGCUGUGCAAUCUCAGAGGCUCUCUUACGUCUUCAAGACACGUGUCGUGUCUGUAUCCGACAACAAGAAGGAUUCCGUAACAGCGGCACUGAGUGAUGGACGCCAAUUCCUUGGUCGCCGCCUCAUAUCGACGCUGCCCCUCAACGUUCUCCGAGAAGUCAAGUUCGAUCCUCCCCUGAGCACGGCUAGGGAUGAGGCAGCACGUAUUGGCCAGGUUCACAACGGAGCCAAGAUUCACUUCAAGAUUGGCGCCUCAGAGGCUCGUCCCUUUUCUGCCGUGCGCUACCCAAAGGCCAGAAUGGUGAGCACACUGGGUGACGGACGCACCGGAAGCAACGGGAGCCGGCACAUGAUUACGUUUGCAAGAAACGAUGCUUCACUGAGCACAGAAGAUGACGCCAAGUCCUUCUAUGCUGAGGUACGCGAGACGUGGCCGGGUAUGCCAGUUGAGAAAGUGCUCUGGCACGAUUGGAGCCGUGACGAGUAUGCCAAAGGUGGCUGGUGCAUGUAUCGUCCCGACUUUGCAUUCCGGUACCAGGAGGCGUUGAGGGCCAGGGCCGGAAACGUCUUGUUUGCUAAUGCUGAUUGGGCAUUGGGCUGGCGUGGCUUUAUUGACGGUGCCAUUGAGGAGGGAACUCGAGUUGCGUUUGAAGUCAAGAACGAGCUGGUCGCCUCCUCUGGUAUAAAAGCAAAUCUGUAA